AUGAAGACUGCCUCCAUCCUGCUUGCCUUGGCUGCCACUCUCGCUUCGGCACUCGCUCAAUCCACAGGCUCAUCUUCAACAGCGUCUCCAACUUCAUCGCCCUCAUUUUCAUCGAGUCAGACCACUCAAUCCACAUCAUCAGUGACUAGUUCCUCUUCAAGUACAAAUCCAACUGCUUCCAGUUCUAGCAUUUCAUCGACAUCGACCGUAGCUAGCUCUUCUGCUACGUCGGCUGCACCAAUCACAGUGCAAACGGCCGGGUUAUUCACCUACAUUGGUUGUUACAGCGACACUGUCAGUUCGAGGGGAUUGACCGGUCUCUCUGAACCAGUCGUCGCAAGUCAAAACAGCGUGGAAGCCUGUGCAUCGGCCUGUUCCUCCUAUGCAUAUUUCGGAGUCGAAUGGUCUUCGGAAUGUUACUGCGGGAAUACCAUCAAUUCACCAUCGGCACUCGUCGCUGGAAGUACUCCAGCCACCACGGGCUGCAACUACAUCUGUGAGGCGAAUUCAGCCGAGUAUUGUGGUGGAUCCAACCGACUUGGCAUGUAUAACAACACAAACUUCGGAUCCUCGAGCUCCAGCUCUAGUUCUUCGACGGCUUCAAGUUCUGCCGCAUCGAUCUCUGGCACAGCGCUUAUAACUUCCUCGUCGCCGUCUUCCAGCAGCACCUCGGGAUCUUUCUCAAGCUCAUUAUCUUCUCAAAGCAGUAGCUAUAGUUCUGCCACAUCAAUUCCUAGUACAGGGCUCACGAGUGCCUCGUCAGCGUCUUCUAGUAGCAACCCAGGAUCUUCCUUAAGCUUAUCAUCUUCUCUAAGCAGCAGCUAUAGUUCUACCGCAUCGAUCUCUGGCACAGCGCUUAUAACUUCCUCGUCGCCGUCUUCCAGCAGCAACCCAGGAUCUUUCUCAAGCUCAUUAUCUUCUCUAAGCAGUAGCUAUAGUUCUACCGCAUCAAUUUCUAGCACGGGGCUUACGACUUCCUUGUCAUCAUUUUCCAGCAGCGUCCCAGGAUCUUCCUCAAGCAGUAGCCUUUCUUCAUCAACAACGUCUAGCACCUCGCACACAAUUUACUCAUUCUCCUCUACAUCUCAGGGUAGCGUUUCCGGCUCCUCGUCACCGAGUUCCAGCAGUAUCCCAGGAUCUUCCUCAAGCAGCAGCCUUUCUUCAUCAACAACGUCUAGCACCUCGCACACAAUUUACUCAUUCUCCUCUACAUCUCAGGGUAGCGUUUCCGGCUCCUCGUCACCGAGUUCCAGCAGCGUCCCAGGAUCUUCCUCAAGCAGUAGCCUUUCUUCAUCAACAACGUCUAGCACCUCGCCAAACACAAUUUACUUAUCCUCCUCUACAUCUCAGGGUAGCGUUUCCGGCUCCUCGUCACCGAGUUCCAGCAGCGUCCCAGGAUCUUCCUCAAGCAGUAGCCUUUCUUCAUCAACAACGUCUAGCACCUCGCCAAACACAAUUUACUCAUCCUCCUCUACAUCUCAGGGUAGCGUUUCCGGCUCCUCGUCACCGAGUUCUAGUGUGCUAAAAACCAGUUCGUCGUCUACUUCGUCCAGCGGCGGCCUUACUUCUUCCCUACCAAGCUCCAGCGCGCCAGCAAUCAGCUCCUCAUCUACUUCUAGCAGCGCGAGCGUUAAAUCCCUACCAAGUUCCAGCGCGUCAGCAAUCAGCUCCUCGUCUACUUCCAACAGCGCCAGCGUUAAUUCCUUAUCAUCAAGUUCCAGCAAGCCAGUAAUCAGCUCCUCAUCUACUUCUAGCAGCGCGAGCGUUAAAUCCCUAUCAAGUUCCAGCAAGCCAGCAAUCAGCUCCUCGUCUACUUCUAGCAGCGCGAGCGUUAAAUCCCUACCAAGUUCCAGCGCGCCAGCAAUCAGCUCUUCGUCUACUUCUAGCAGCGCGAGCGUUAAUACUCUAUCAAGUUCCAGCCCGCCAGCAAUAAGCUCCUCAUCUACUUCUAGCAGCGCGAGCGUUAAAUCCCUACCAAGUUCCAGCGCGUCAGCAAUCAGCUCCUCGUCUACUUCCAACAGCGCCAGCGUUAGUCCUUUACCACUAAGUUCCAGCGCGUCAACAAUCAGCUCCUCGUCUUUUUCAACAGCGCCAGCCGCGCCAGCAAUCAGCUCCUCGUCUACUUCCAGCAGCGCCAGCGAUAAUUCCUUAUCACCAAGUUCCAGCGCGUCAGCAAUUAGCUCCUCAUCUACUUCCAGCAGCGCCAGGGUUAGUUCCUUACCACCAAGUUCCAGCAGUAGUGGAUCGGCAACGUCGCCGUCAAGUUCUAUCCCCAGCUCCGGCUCCACCUCGAGUAUACCUACCAGUUUUGCCGUCUCCUCGUCAAGUUCUAGUUCUACGGGGGUCCCUAGCUCCAGUACUACUGCGUCAAGUUCCAGCUCCAGCUCUAGUUCUUCAGCUCUUUCAGUCCAAGUGGACCAGAAUUUCGUCACUCAAUCCACCGCUCCGUCAUCAAUCACUACCUCAAGAACGUUAGCCAAAGAAGAAUCAACCAUCGAGUCGAGUACGACCGUGGUGUCCAGGCCGGUCGGUGUCGAAGUUGCCUCCAAAAACUCAAUCACUACAACGACCACUCCCUCCUCCACAAAGGCCACUACCACAAGCACCAAGCCCAAAACAACAUCCAAGCCCACCACCACGAGUGCUAAACCCAGCACCACAAGCACCAAGCCCAAAACAACAUCGAAGCCCACCACCACGAGUCCUAAACCCAGCACCACAAGCACCAAACCAAAAACAACACCGAAGCCUACCACCGCGAGUGCCAAACCCAGCACCAAAACUAGCAAAUCCAAAACGGCCACAAGCUCCAUAAGCGAUGCCUGCGCUAAGCUCGCAGCCCAACGCGCAUACUACACCGCCAAGAUUGCACAGCUGACAGCGCAAAAGAUCGGAGUCCCGCCCUACCUAGCCGGAUACGCUGCGGCGGCCUAUGACGCCGAAGUAGCGAUGGGAUGCCUUGUUGCCGCCACGACGACAGCUACGACGAGCAAGAAAGCCACGACCACGUCCACAACGAGCAAGAGUGCCAAUGCCAACGUCAAAGUCGCCUCCAAGAAGCCCAGCACAACCACCACCGCGCACACAUAG